CAAACAAUUUUCAGAACAUUUCAUUGACCCCAAAAUUUUAUCAUUUUCUAACUGGUCUUUAAAGUUAAAAAUUCACGAUAUUAUCAAUUAUUUCUUUAAUUUUUUUUUUAAAUUUUCAAACAUUCGUCAGAAAAUUCAAAUAAUGAACUUCAAUACCUGAAAUUUCGGUGACAAAGCUUUGAAAACACUCCUAAUCUUGAUCUAUUUUUUUCAAAAAAAAAAAAAAAAAAAAAAAAACUUUAGUUGACCCAAAAAAAGCUUAGAAAAGUGACAAAACGAGAUCGAAAAUAGUGCAUAAAGAAUCACAAAAACAGAACAUUUCAAAUUUAUAGUUGGUAAAUUGAAAAAGUUAAAAGUACAUUCGACUCAUUUUUCAACUUUUCGAUUAAAAAAACGAGACUUUUUGACAACUUUUGGCCAUCAUAAACCAAGCAAGAAUAAUUGAGGAGCUCUAUUCCAAAGUGGGUUAAGUCACUUCCCCCCCCCCCAAAAAAUGCAUUUAAAACUUUUGAUACCAAAAUUCGUUCUGUUUCCAAAGUUUGGUGCACCUUUCCUUUCUUUGGACAUAGAACAAAAGCUUGUAGAAAUAUUUACUUUGAAAAAUAGAUGACUUGAACCAUUUUUGAAAUAAAAAUCUCCGUAAAACGUGUUUUUUUAAAAAAAAUGACUUAACCCACUUUGGAAUAGAGCUCUUCAAUUGCGAUUUCUGAAAAAAAUAAAAUAAAAAAAUAAUGCAAAAAACAAAACUUUAGGACAUUAAGAUUUUUUUGCAAAAAAAAAACAAAUUUUUUGCUUAUUGCUUAUGCUUAAAAAGCGAGAAUUUUUGUAAAUUUUUGAAGAAACGAGAUCUUCCCCAGCCCCCUCAAACCGUCAAAAAGCAAGAGUUUGGCAAUUUUAACAAUAGAAAGGGCUUAUUAGGUAAUUUAUGGAAAAAAGCAAUUGAAUUUUGGACACAUUUUUUAAAGAAAAUGAAAUUUGAUUAAAUUUCUAGUUUUUUUUUUUUUUUUUUUGCAAAAAAACGACAAUUUUUAGCAAUUUUGCUAAAAUGCAAAAAUUUUUGUCAAUUUUUGAAAAAAAAGAGAAUUCUUGACAUUUUUUGGAAGCAAGAUUGAUAAUUUUGAAUGACUUUUUCGGCAGAAUGUCUCCUUACACGAUCACUUGACUCAAAAACAAUCUAAUUUUGAAUUUUUUGGAGCCUCGAGCGAGUUUUCAAAUUUCUCCAGAAAUUUCAAACUGCACUAGCUGGAAGGGCAAAAAUCCAAUUUUUGCAAUAAUAACUUCAGUCGGUACCUACUUAUUUGGCUCGCAGUGUGAGUUCAAAAGUGAAAUUUUUUUAAUAAGAGUUGAUUUUUAGCCCUUCCAGAAUGAUUUGAAAUUUCUGGGGAAAAUUGAAAAAUCGCUGGAGGCUCCAGAAUUAUCCAAAACUGCUGAUUGUUGAUGUGUGGGAGUUGAAUUGAAAUAAUUAUUGACUUUUGUUUACUUUUCUCAAAAUAAUUUAAAUUAUCGUAAAUUUGCGCUUAAAUUAUUUUUUUUGAAUUUUUGAAAUUUUAAAAAAUUUGUCAAGAUUUCAAAUAUGAAAUUUAUUAUUUGAAAUUUGGGUUACGAGGAUUUUAGGGCAUGCUGUUUCGAUCCAUGUACAAAUCUGGAUUUUCCUUUCCGAUUAAUUGGAACAUUUUUUUAAACUCUGAAAUAUUAAGUAGAUGACUUGACUUGAGUGAAUAAAUUAAAAAAAAAACCAAAUCAUCUGAUAUGCCAAUCUAACUGUCGCGACUUGACAAUUUGAGCCCAAAUAUAAGACACUUGAACGUUCAUUCCCUAUUCAUAAGGUAUUUUCAACUUUCGUGAUUCGAGUAUCAAAACUAACAAUAUUCAAUAAAUAAUGAGUAAAAGAGUAAACAAACCUAAAUCGAAUAAUAAUCUACGAAUAAAAGAACACCGAUAAACUUGGAUUAUCCUUGACAUUCGCCAAGGUAUUUUCCUAUCUAUAUAGGUAGCAUACACAGGGUAAGUAGUGUAAGUACUUUGCUACUUAGUUAGUCAUACUUACCUAAAUACAAAUACUACCUACGUACACGUAGCCAUGUGUAUUAUUGGUAGGUACAUAUUAAACCUAUUAUGUCUAAUUGUCUAAUCAUUCGUCAAACGUUUUUCAUUUUUAUUCCAUCUCACACUAAACUUUUCCGUUUAUCAUGAUUCAUAUCAAUCAUACCUAUAUGAAUACAUAAAAUACGAAACGUUGCACAUUUUUACAACAUAUUACACAAAUAUUUUCCUUUCAAAACUCGAAUAGGUAAGAAUGUAAAACGCAAGAAGGAACUGGGAAAUUCCUAGAAAAUAAGAUGAAAAUAAAAAUUAAGAGAAGGCAAGCCAACCAAUCCGAAGGAUAUUUUGAAGAAAAAAAAAUUAAUAGUCAUCGUACCUUCACUUGUAUUGUGUUGUGUGGAAUUGAAAAAAUAAAAAUACCACGACCAUCUCACACAUGAGCAAGUUCUUUUGGCGUAGCCUACUCCUACUCGCGCGUUGUUGUAUAGCCUUGCUUAGUUCAAUUGUCGAACCAAUUUGACUCUAUCGCGUAGAAUUUAAUUCGGAGGAAAUCCGUUAAUAAAUAUUCAUGGGUCGUUGAAAUGAAAUCGCAAUCGAAACCAGUGAAAACACCCUCGUUAACCAAUUAGAAAUUAUAAUUACAUCGAGCUUCGUGUGUCUAAGUAAAAAAGAAGAAAAUUGGGGAAUUUUCUAGUAUAGGUAUCAGGUAGGUCUACUUAUUCGACUCGUAAGACUAUUAUAUAAAUUUAAAAAAAAAAAAAAAAAAAAAAAAAGUAGCUGAUUCGAUAAAAAAAGUUAUUUUGAUGGCAAAUGUAAUGGAAAAGUACUGCAGAUGAUUUAGUACUCGGAAUAGCUCAUAUAAAAAUCAUUUGGGCAAACAAACAAUCAUUUUUAUCUGGUCAGCUAUACGAGUAUAGGAAGAAUGAAGUCAACAGUGAUUAAAAAUUUGUUGAUAAAUAAUCCGAAAAUGGUUGAAAAAUAUCACAAAAACUGAUAUCCAACCAAAAUAUGGCCGUUUACAUUGCUCUCAACUAACUCGUCAUCGGUUUCACUAACAAUAAUAUAAAGUUCGUCCAUAUUAAAAAACAAACUUGAAUAGGUAUAUCUGAAGCUGAAAUGAGUAUUAUUAGUCCAGGGUUUAGGACUUGGGCACACAUACUACAUAUUAAAUAUCGCUUAUUUAUCCUCAUAGUUUCACGUGACGCGUAAUCCGGAUCUAAUUGAUUUUUUUUCUCUUAUUUUCAAAUACAAGAUAUGAAUAUAAAAUACCUAUCAGCGUAUUAGGCGUAGUAGUAAAGGUAUGCAUAUAAUGUAGGUAAUUGGUAUGUACUUUUAUAUGAGUCUAAUGAAGGUUAUAUUUUAUUUUCGUGGUUUUUUUUUUCGCGAUCGGCAUACUUCGGCAAAUUGGCACCCGUCAAAAAGAUAGGUAGGUACUCGUUUAUAUAAAAUGAAUUUCAUUAUCAAUAAUGAUAAAAUAUUUACACCAAGUACGUACGAGUAUAAACUGUGCGAAUAUUGUUUACAUUUUUUUUUUUUUCGAUUACGUAUUUUUAGGACACAAACCGAACAUUUCCUUAAAAUUAACAUUCCUCGCAAUUACCUUGUGAAAUAUCGCACGGUACAUCAAUUAGAAGAAUAAACACAUAAAUAGUGUAAUGACUGUAAUUACACGGUGUUUUUUCCCUUUCGAAUCUGUCUUCGUUUGGAUAAAUAUACCUAUAGGUAUACGUCUUACGGUACGCGGUAACGUUUGUAAAAAUAAAUCGAAAAAUAGUUCGUGGAAUAAUAAGCGAACGAAUUAUUUAUACCUAAACCCAAUCCUAUAGGUAAAUGAUAAAGUUGCUUUAAAAAUGCAUUAAAAAAAAAAAAUUAAAAUAUUUUGUGCAUGAAUGAAAGUUUUAUUUCAACCUCAUUUUUUUUUACAGCUGAGGGUCGAAAUUUUCAAUUGGUGAAUAUUUUUUGUUCAUCCUCCGUACUCCUCCGGUACCUACCUCGUAAUAAUGUUUACACCAAGAGCAAAUUUUUCAUCAUUAAUAACUUCUUAGCAUUCCACAUUAAUAAUGUGUAAGUAUAUACGACGACGACGCGUGAUAAACAAUCAUAUUUUGUAAUUAUUCUCUCAGUCGGGCAUUCGAUGAUUAUCUCUUUUAAUAAUCAUUGCGACGAGCUAUGGGAGUAUGAUGGCAAUACACUUUACUAAUAGAUGAGCAGGAUAUUGUGGUUGUUUUCAUUAAAGAAGACGAAGAGCUAUACGUGUGUCUAGAUAUACAUAUCUAAUGUGUGCAUUGAUGUAUGAUGUAGGUACCCUACCUAGUAUAUUGCAUGGUACGAGGAAUCUCGAAUGAAUUAAAUUUUCAUCUUAAAUCACGCGGUAUCGUCAUCGUUACAAAUUGCAAUAGGUACUUACCUUUACCUUUACUCUCGCACAAGAUACACAUACCAAAUAAGUACACCCUAUAACUCGAUACCUACAAUAUGAUAUGACGCAGCGACUGAAUGUCAAUGGAUGGCAAAUUAAGGUCUGGCUUGAUCUGUUGUUGUUUAUUUACCGAUGUUGAUUUCGUUUACAUUUCGUUCCAAUUACAUAGACAAUAAUCACUAAUCGAUAACAGGUACAUAUUAGACUACAUACAGUAGCUGCACCACGUACAAGUUACAUAAACCUACAUAUAUGAGUACCUAUGUAAUGUAUAUUUACCUCUUGCCAAUUCUUUACCCGGUUAGAGUUGAACUACAUUAUAGUGUUCAGGGCUCAGUUGUGACGUUAUUGGAUGACCUAGGGGGCAGGGCUCCUUCAUGAAAUAUGUUGGUUAAAGCAUAAGGAAGGAUGUAAGUAUAUAGGUGAAUUAUUGUUCGAUAAUCAAUUAGUUUUCAUUUUUUGCAUUCGUAUCUACCAAAUUCUGGAAUCAAAAAAUUAGUUCAUUAUGAUCUCGUUCGAAGAGUCUCAAAUGUUUUUUCAAGUUGAUGGUGGAAAAAGUGGUUCUUGACGAUUAAGUAUUUGUCCUUCCAUAAACGACGCCGAGUAUAAAAAAAAAAAAAAAAAAAAUGGAAAUUUUGAAUCAUUGAUUUUACAACUGUACCAAUACAGGCUUGCUACAGCUUAUACAGGCCCGUUUCUGGAAAUGACGUCGACUAUCCGAGACCCGACGCGACGUUCCGAGGCCCGUUAGCGGGUCUCGGAACGUUUUCCUAUUAAAAACUAUAUUUUCAUGAUGUACACACUUCAGGGAUGCCAUAGACAAAUUUUUGUCUGGGACUCACAAAGUAGGUAUCAUACCUACAGUAUAUACAGCUUACCUUACUUCACCCCACACAGAAACUUCAUACUCGCGUCAUUCCUGUAAAAAUAAUUCCUUGAAAAUCGCACCAACGGCUCUAGACCAGGCUUGAUAGCCGCUAGCAAGGCGCAUGCGCGAACGAAUUUACCAGGCACUCUUUAAAAUUUUUCUAAGUGUCAAAGACGCGGGCCUCGGAUCGUCAGUACGAUGUACCGGGUCUCGGAUAGUAAGCAAGUUCCAUAUUUAUAGGUAUGCAUAUUUGUGAGCAUUUCGUAUUUUUGUAAUGCUGAUACAGAAAUGUGAGAAAUGCAUAAUUCGAUUUUAAUAGGUACAUUAUAUGUGAAAAUUUAAAUUUAAACACGAGUAGGUAGGUACGCUUCCUUUUAUUUGCUUCUCAUUAAGAAGUGUUUUCUGUAUUCAAAGUCAUCGAAUAUUUUAUACCUAGCAUUUUAUUCUGAUUCAUAAGAUUGAGAUUACUUAUGUCUUAUACGUACUUACGUACUUAUUUACUUUAGUUACUUUCUUGCUCACCUUAUCUAAGCUUGUUGUAAUUUGCUUCAAGAAGCAUCUUAUUGGAUGUACCUAUGUAACAAUAGAUGUACCUAUGUAUAACAAUGUUACAAUGAAACGUUGUAAUUUGAAUAAAAUAAUAUUUUAACGAUAAGCUAGGGGAUUAGAUGUUAGUAGGUAGAUAUUGAUCGUGUACUUAAUCUUUAAAAGUAAAAUGUAAAUAAUAUAUUCGAAUGAACUGAUUGAAGUGAAUUUAUUGCUUGUUUUAUUUCACCAUCAAUUCAUUUCAUGUGGCAAUUGCCGGAAUCAUUCCUCUGUUGGUCAGUUCGGAUUCUGAAGAAUAUCAUCAAAUAUAUAAUUCGUAAUCUAUCAAUGAAUUUUAAUUCGCAAGUAUUUCAAAAUUUAAAAUUUAUGAAUAGGUAUAAAAUAAAAAAAAAUAAUAAAAAACAAAUAAAAGUAAUGAAAGAAAACACUGGAAGAAAAGUGAAAACAUAAAAGAAAAGAGUGUUUAGGAGGGGCUAUACUGAAUUUAACCGUAAACUUAAACUUAACCCUAGAAGUUAAACAAAGGCAAAUUUUAGGUUAACGUACGUUAAAUUCAGUAUAAACCAAGCUAAAGUAUAAGUUAAGGGAAUAAGUAUCCCCUUAAAUUCAGUAUAGCCCAUCCUUUUCACUUUCAUUUGAAAUAUUUGAAAUUUGAAUGUUUUUCUUUUUGGCAACAAUUUGAAGAUUCCGAAGUUUCCACCGAGGCGCAUGCGCAGUACAGUAACGUGUUGGUUCGUUUUGGUUCGUUUCGUACCUACUCGUUCGCGGUUUUUUUUUGCAGUUGUUUUGUCUUGCCUUUGAACUGAUAAGAGAAGAAUUGGAUAAAACUGAUAAGAGACGAUUUCAUUUCAAUUUAUUUUAAUUUUGGUAUAAUUUUGGUUUUAAUAGUGAAUAGUGAUACCGAUAUUGUCCCUAAAAAUGGAUGACUCCGUCAAAACUGUGGAUUUGGACCACUUUCAGAAGAAAUCCUUUCAACAAAAUAUGAACGAUCUGAGACUAGAAAAUGUGUUAUGUGAUGUACGUCUCGACGUCAAUGGUACUAUAAUGCCAUGUCACCGAUUGGUUUUGGCUGCCGCAUCUCCUUACUUCAGAACCAUGUUUAAUGGAAAUUUCAAAGAAAGUAAUUCCGAUACUAUUGUAUUGAAAGAUAUUGACACUGAAACAGUCCAAGAGAUCCUAAACGCCAUAUAUACAGCUACUAUUCGUUUUAAGCCGAGUAAUGCUUAUUUCAUCUUGAUGGCCAGUCACUUAUGGCAACUGGAAAUGAUAGAAAACGCCUGUGUGUCGUACAUUAUGGAGAAUCCUAAAAUCCACCACAUGGUUGACACCUGCGUAUUUGCCAAUAAUAUUGGUAAUUAUAAUUUAUAUUGUAAGUGUAUUUCAUCUGUAGCUGACAACAUUGUCGAAUAUGGAAAGACUGAUUCUUUUGAAAGAAUUUCACUCGAUGUUUUUAAAGGCAUUUUAAAAGCUGUUGAUUCCUCCAAACACGAAGAAGAAUCGAUAACUUUACUAAUAAUGAAAUGGAGUAAAAAGAAUAAUGCCAAGCGUGAAGACAUACAAAUUCUUUUAGAUGCCACAAAUUUGAAAACCACCUUCUUAUUGAACUCACGGAUGAUGUCUCAGCUUUUGGUUGCUUGUGACGAUAAACUUAUAAAUGAUAAUGGCGUUGAAGAUGAUGCAGAAUUACAUUGUGAUUCGGAUUUACCCUUGAAUUUGUAUCUGAACGCUAUUGAUGUGAAAACUGGAGAACGUGGAUGGAGUGUUCUGAAAACGAACCUUGGGUUGGAUAAAUACGUUUUAUCCUCGUUCCAUCCAACAAAUUCUUAUCGAAAAAAAGUUUGUAGAGUUGAAACGAAACUGUAUUGCUUUGAAUAUUUCAAGUAUAUGGGAGACAGAAAUUUUUUUUCAUAUUACGACGAAAAUGAUGCCAGAUUUUCAUUAACCACGCCGGAACUUUUAAUUUCUGAUUUUGAAAUGGCAGCUAAGGGAACAUCGAUAUAUCUUAUGGAGAAAAGUACGCGCUUCUCGGUUUGGCUUUACAACUGCGAGUUGAAUACUUGGAAAAAUAUUGUGAAGGAAAAUGAUCAUGUUGAUAAGUAUUGCCAGGUUUUGGCAUGUACUUUCUCAAACGAUGCUUUUUACAUAAUUUCGGCGAAAAAAAGUGCGACCGAGAGAAAUGAGAUGGACGAGUCUAUAUUCUCAAUUAAUAGCGAUACUUUGAAAAUUGAGUGGUUGAUGGAAUUAUCACCAAGUACAUGCAAAUAUUCGUCUAUUUAUGUAUUCGGUUCUAAAGUUGCAGUAUUUGAUUGUUCUCGUGACACAGGUAUUGAAAACACGUUCAAGAUUUUAAACCGCAAUAAUGGCUGGUUCAUUUUUCAUGCGAAGAAAAUGAAGGAUCGUCGUCCAGAAGUUUGCAUUUUUCAUUACGAAAACUCUUUGUAUAUGGUGGAAAACGGUCGAGUUAUGGUUCCUAAUGAAAAAUGUGAUUUGUCUUCGUAUAAGUGGACUGAGUUACCUCAUUUGCCCCAAAAAAUCACGAUUUCCGGUACGAAUGAUGUGGUGGCCAUCGGAGAAGUGUUUGGUGUUGAAGUAAAUGCUCAGUGAUGAAUUAUUUUUCUAUAAAAAUUAGAUAAUGCUGAUACAUUUUGUUUUUAUUGUUUUGUAUUGUUGAUUUACGAUUACGUUGGUGAUUUUAGAUACCUAUUUUCUGGUGUUCUUUUUUUUGUAUUUGUACGAUUAAGUCAAAGCUCUCUUGUAUUCAAAGUUAUACUUAUCAAUUUAUUUGUUACUCACUAAUCUUUAAAUAGUAUUUAAAUCCUUAUUUUUGGGUUCAACUCAAGUAGGUACACUAAAUACGUGGAUAUCACAGUUGAAUCAUGAAUCAUGUAAUAACGUCGACAUCGGAUCUUUGAAAUUGCAAUAUUUUCAGAAAAAAAUCUAUGUUUCCCGUUCGUAAAAAAUUUUCUGUCCAACAAAUUUAGGAAUACUGUUUGAUUAAAAAUAAAUGUAUGUA